GUUUAAGUACCGUUUUAUUUUAUUAUUUUGAGAUGUUAUUGUAAUAUUUCAAUAGCUUAGUACCCUAUUGAAUACAUUAUUCUCAUAAUGUGUAGAUUGAUUUAAAUAUCAUCAUGAAUAUAAAAUUUUUUAGUUUAAUAAUAAAUAGUACUACUGUAGCUCUCAUUAAUUUGUAUUUUAAUAGUAUAAGUACAAUAAUUCAAUUAAAAAAAAAAUGAGAGCCUACAUCAUGACUCUCGCCAAUAGCAUUAUUGGUGUUAGUAUAUUAGCUAUGCCGUUUUGCUAUAAAGAAUGUGGAAUACUAUUGUCAACUAUACUAUUGAUUUUAAGUAAUUUUAUGUCAAGAGCAUCUUGUCACUUUCUUUUAACCUCUGCUGUUAGAUCAAGAACAAGGGAUUUUGAAUUUCUAGCAUUUCAUUUGUUUGGUUCAUUAGGCAAAAUUUCUGUUGAAAUUAGUAUAAUUAUGUUUCUUAUGGGUACUUGCAUUGCUUUUUUUGUUGUAAUGGGAGAUUUAGGUCCACAAAUUAUUGGUGAAAUGUUUAAUAUGACAAAUACAAUAGCACUUAGACCUAGUAUAAUGAUCGGUAUUGCUGUUUUUAUAGUUUUACCAUUGGGAUUAUUAAAAAAUGUUAAUAGCUUAAAUUCAAUAUGUACGGCUGCAGUAAUAUUUUAUGCUUGCUUGGUAUUUAAGAUAUUUAUAGAAGCAUUUGAUAAAAUUUUCUCAUCAGUUUGGCUUUCAGAAUUAUAUUUUUGGAGACCUUCAGGUCUUUUACAAUGUUUACCAAUAUUUUCAAUGUCAUUAUUUUGCCAGACACAAUUAUUUGACAUAUUUGAAUCAAUAUCACAUGAAUCACUUGAUAAAUUGAAUAGUAUAGUUCGUUCUUCUAUGAAUAUGUGUACAUGUGUUUACAUAAGUGUAGGAAUUCUUGGUUACAUAGCUUAUCAUGAUCAAUCAUCACUUAGUGGUAAGUUUCAAUUGUUUUUUUUUAACUAUAGUUAAUAGUUUGAAGUAAAAAAUUUGAAGAUUCUGACCAAGUAUGAUAACUUUUAUCUCUUCCAUAAGUUUUUGACUUUCCACAAAAUAUACAAGUCCAUCGUACUAACUUUUUAGGUUUUUUAAUCAAACGACAUUUUGCUGAUUUCCCGGGAAUAAGCAUAGUAUUACAUCCUUUGCAAAUAUUUCUUUUAAUGGUUGGAUCUAUUUUUAAUAAACUUUUUUGAGCCAUUCCUUUUAAUAUAAAAUUAUAUGCAGAUGAUAAUCCUGGACAUUCAGUAGAUAUUGCAGUACUCAACUGAUAUAAAUAAUUUAUACGGUUUUGAUUGAUUUCUGAAUUAAAAUCUUGUUUUUUAUUUUCGACCUUCUCCA